AUGGCCACUUCUUGCAGGUCAUCAGGCCUACUUUAUCCCAAUUUCUCUAAAAGUUUUCAGCCUUUGGGCUCCGAUCGGUUACAUUACAAUCCAACAACACCAAAUCAGCAAAAUGGAGGUUCGUUUCUGGGAGAUCCAAGUUCGAAAUAUACUCAAACCUUACGAAGAAACAACGGAUCGAAGAAAAGGGACUUGGUUGUUGAAGCCACACCAGAUCCAGAAAUAGGAAAUCUUCUUUCCUUUUGGCCCUCCGAUAAUCUGUGGAUCGCCGCCGGGGUUGCUGGAGUUAUGGUAACACUUCCCUUUUUUGCCCAACGGUUAUUAACGUUGACAAGAGAGGUGGAUCUGGCGGCCGAGACGGUGGAGAAAAUAGCCGACUCCGUAGGGAAGGUGGCGGAGGAAGUUGAUAAAGCAGCGGAAAAUAUAGCGGAGGCACUCCCUGAAGGUGGCCUAAAAAAUGUUGUUAAUUUAGUUGAAGAUCUGGCUGAAGAAUCAGCGAAGGAUGCUCAAAAAGUUGAAGAUCUGAUGGACAAGGUCGAAGAAUUGGAUAACAAAGUGGAGGCAUAUUUUAAAAAUCAAUCUAAAGACAACCCAACUACCUAA